AUGUUCUUUUUUAUUAUUGGGUUGGCCACAAUAGCUUUUAUAAUUUUUAGAAUUUUAGAAGAAAUCUAUAAAUGUUUACAACCAUUUCCAAAUAUAUAUGCAAAAUAUGGUUAGAACUGUUGGGCAGUUGUAACAGGAGCAACAGAUGGAAUUGGAAAAGGAUAUUGUUAAGUUUUAGCUUAAUAAAAUGUGAAUAUUUGCAUGAUUAUCAGAAAUGAAGAGAAAGCCAAAAAUUUAAUUCAAGAGUUAAGUAAUGGAUCUAGAUCACAAUUUAAGAUAAUAGUGGCUGAUUUUAACAAAUCAUUAGAGGAAGGAUUCUUUGAUAAAAUAUAUAAAUAAAUUGAGAAUUUAGAUAUAGGAUUAUUGAUAAAUAAUGUUGGAGUCUCACAUGUUAUAUUCUUAUUUUUAUUAUUAUAGUUAGCACCAUUAGAGAAAUAUAAUGACAAUGAACUAAGAGAAAUAAUUACAGUAAAUUGUUUUCCUAUAGUAUUUUUGACAAAGAAAAUAAUUCCAAAAAUGCUUUAAAGAAAGAAAUCAGCUAUAAUAAAUUUAUCUUCAUUUGCUGGAAGAGUACCUAUGCCUUAUAAUUAAACAUAUGCAGCAUCAAAAGCAUUUGAUGAUUUCUUUUCUAGAUCAAUAGCACUAGAAUAUUCAAAUAUUGAUAUUUUAGCUCAUCGACCUAUGUAUGUUACUACACCAAUGACAAAUUUUAAAAAAGGAUAAGGAGCUAUUUCUCCUAUCUAAGCAGCAAAAGGUGCUUUGUAAUAUAAUUAUUUAAUGCUAAUAGACAACGUUUAGGUUUAGAAUAUUCUACGCAUGGACAUAUAUUGCACAGAAUUUAAGGAUUUUUUGGUGCUGUUGUUGUACCAACAUUUAUAAGAAAUAAAAUUCUGAAAAAGGAAAUUAGAAAAUUAGUAAAAAAAAAUUUGUGAAUGAAAUGAAAUAUAUUCAUAUAUUAUAAAGAG